ACGGAUCCGUCCCCUCUCCCACCGUCCCCUCCUACCUAUCAAGCUGCCUCGCCGGUGCUCCAGCCAGCAUUAGCAAUUUAGCACCAGCACGGUGGCGGAGCAGAGCAGAUUCGAAUCCCUGAAGAAGCAGAGCAAAGUGAGAACGGGGACGAGGAUGGCGGCGACGGUAGAUGACCUCUUGAGGCUGGAGAUGCCUGCGGACGAGAAGCGCAUCAUUGCAGAGUACAUCUGGGUGGGAGGGAGCGGUCUUGACCUCAGGAGCAAGCCCCGCACUCUGCCUGGGCCCGUCAAGUCGGUGUCUGAGCUUCCCAAGUGGAACUACGAUGGCUCCAGCACGGGCCAGGCUCCGGGCGAGGACAGCGAGGUGAUUCUCUAUCCGCAGGCCAUCUUCAGGGAUCCCUUCAGAGGCGGCGACAACAUCCUUGUSAUGUGCGACUGCUACACUCCUCAGGGCGAGCCCAUYCCCACCAACACCCGCUACGCYGCCAACAAGCUGUUCCAGCAGGCGCUGGAGACGGAGCCGUGGUUCGGCCUGGAGCAGGAGUACACUUUGCUGGAGAAGGAGCACAAGUGGCCGCUGGGCUGGCCCGUGAAUGGCUACCCGGGCGCGCAGGGCCCGUACUACUGCGGCGUGGGUGCUGACAAGGCGUGGGGGAGGCGCAUCGUGGACGCCCACUACAAGGCCUGCGUGUACGCCGGCAUCACAAUCAGCGGGACCAACGGCGAGGUGAUGCCCGGGCAGUGGGAGUUCCAGGUGGGGCCGGCCGUCGGGAUCGCGGCCGGGGACGAGCUGUGGGUGGCGCGGUACUUGCUGGAGCGGAUUACUGAGAUGGAGGGGGWKAUUCUGUCCCUGGACCCGAAGCCCGUGCAAGGCGACUGGAACGGUGCCGGGUGCCACUGCAACUUCAGCACCAAGGCGAUGAGGGAGGACGGCGGAUGGGAGGUGAUCAUGGAGGGCGUGAAGAAUCUGGAGCUGAGGCACAAGGAACACAUCAAGGCGUACGGCGAGGGCAACGAGCGGCGGCUAACGGGCCGCCACGAGACGGCCAGCAUGGACCGGUUCUCGUGGGCCGUUGCGAGCAGAGGGACGUCCGUGAGGAUCGGAAGAGACACGGAGGCGAAGAAGAAGGGGUACAUGGAGGACCGYCGCCCGGCGUCCAACAUGGACCCGUACGUCGUCACCUCCCUCGUCUUCGACACCACCACGCUCUGGAAGCCAUUAUAGAAUGAGGCAUAUACAGUGACAUAGUAUUUUUGUAUGCAUGUACGCCAUCC